UAACCUUUCCCCCCCAAAGGUAAGAAUAUUAUGCCUGUGCAUUAAGGAUCCCUAACUGGAUUCCAGUGGCAUUACUGAGUGAAGCAUUCCUGGAUGCUCCUGGAGUUGUGAAGCUGGCUUCUGUCUCACCAUGUCGAACGAAGUAGAAACCGCAAGUGUGAACAGUCAGCCUGCCCAGCAGCAGGCCCCUGUGAAAACACAACAGUCCAAGAAGGAGAAAAAGAAGGCGUCUGAGAAGACUGAUGAAUAUCUCUUGGCUAGAUUUCAAGGCGAUGGUGUGAGGUACAAGGCCAAAUUGAUUGGCAUUGAUGAUGUUCCGGAAGCAAGAGGAGAUAAGAUGAGCCAAGAUUCAAUGAUGAAGCUUAAGGGAAUGGCAGUGGCAGCUCGUUCUCAAGGACAGCACAAGCAGAAAAUAUGGGUGAACAUCUCCCUUUCUGGGAUCAAGAUCAUAGAUGAGAAGACUGGGGUUAUUGAGCACGAGCAUCCGGUCAACAAAAUCUCUUUUAUUGCUCGGGAUGUGACAGACAAUCGUGCCUUUGGCUAUGUCUGUGGAGGAGAAGGGCAGCAUCAAUUUUUUGCCAUCAAAACAGCACAGCAGGCUGAGCCGUUAGUUGUAGAUCUGAAGGAUCUAUUCCAGGUAAUUUAUAAUACAAAGAAAAAGGAAGAGGAGGACAAGAGAAAGAAUGAAGAAGCUAAUAAGACAGCAGAGAAUGGCAGCGAUGAUUCAACUGAUCAAGCUGGCAAAGUAAAGCUGGGUGUUGAUCAGAUGGAUCUAUUUGGAGACAUGUCAACUCCUCCUGACCUGAGCACUCCCACAGAGGAGGAUAAAGAGGUCCUGUUAGUGGAUUUAAAUGCUGAAAUUGAGGCCCCUCCAACUUCUGUCAAAGAGGAUGAUCUUUUCUUGAAUGACAUCACGCCUUCUCUGUCACAGCCAAAACCACCACCACCCUUCUUGCCUGAAAAUGCUUUCUCUGCAAACCUCAGCUUUUUUCCUACUCCCAACCCUGACCCUUUUCGCGAUGAUCCUUUCACACAACCUGACCAAUUGGCACACCUCCCUCUUGAUUCUUUAAAACUUUCCAAUCAGAAGAUGGCAAGUGCAGCUGUCAGCAGUGGUGUGAAUGGUGACGUAGACUACUUUGGGAAACAGUUCGACCAGAUUUCCAACCGAACGGGCAAGCAGGACUUGCAGGCCAGCCAAUGGGGGCUGGAGAGUCAGCCAGCUCAGCUAGCAACGAGGACUCCCAACGGGGUGCCAGAGAGAGAACAGAAUGGCUUCAUUGCCCAAUCCCCGCCAAACGUAUUCACAGAGAGCCCUUCCAAAGGAUUACCCGUGCAAAAUGGAUUACGGCUAGACUCCGACAGCGGCAUCCAGUUGGCAGCUCAUGACGCGAUAACCAUUAGUCCUCCUCCACAAAGUACCAAGCCAGGAAGAGGAAGGAGGACUGUUAAGAGUCCAUCUAAUGACUUGUUUGGAUCAGACUUUUUUGCUCCUAGCGUUCCCACAACAAACACUUUGACUACUGCUACAGUCCAACCAUCACCAGUGCCAACCAACCCUUUGGACCUCUUCAAAUCUAGUUCUCCUGCAGUAGCUCCUAUGCCUGGACUAGGUGGCUUGCCUACAGCUACUUCCCCAAUGCCAGGAUGGGGGCCCUCAUCUACUGUCUUCAACCAGCCCACGUCAGUAUUUCCUGGACCUGUUCUGAGCGUUCAGCCAGCAAACUUUCCUCAACCUCUCGGAUUCGGCAGUACUCCACAAGUUCCUAGCUGGAAUCAGUCGGCGUCCCUAGGAGCCCCAACCCAGCCUCCAGCUCCUGAUCUCUGGGGCCAUCCAGCAAGUGUUUCUCCUCCAAAUGCUUGGCCACAGCCAUCCUCCUCAGGAAACCCUUUCCAGGCCAGCCUGUUCCCAUCUGCACCAACUGCCCAGCCCCCAACGCUGUUGUCUUCCAUGUCUUCAACCAGUCCUCCUCCUCAGCUGCCUCCCAGAACUGCACCUCCAAAGGAGACAGCCAAGAAGGAAAGUGAUGCCUUCACAGCUCUGGAUCCUCUUGGAGAUAAGGAGAUAAAGGAUGUAAGAGAGAUGUUCAGAGACUUCCAGCUGAGAAAGCCACCUGCUGUGCCUGCCAGGAGGGCAGAGCAGCAACAAGGUCUGUCUGGUGUGUCUGGAGCCUUUGCCAGUUACUUCACUAACAAAGUAGGGGUUCCUCAAGAUCUGGCUGACCAUGAUGACUAUGAAGCUAGUCAGCUGUCUGCUAAAAUCAGCGAGCCACCAAAGCCUGCUCCCAGACAAACCAUUGCACCUGUUAAAAAUCCUUCUGAGGACCCAUUUGAAAACCCUUUCAAGCUGGACCCUUUUGGUGCUCCCUCACUAAGUUCAGCUACAGUUCCACCUUCUGCUUUAUUUGGGGAUCCUUUUAGAAAUCCAUUUGUAUAAACCUGAAGCAAGUAUUACUGGACUUCAUUGGCAAAAGAUGUUAUGGAUAACUGGACACUCCCCACCCCCCAUUAUGGUCUUCACUCCGUAUUUGUCUGCCUCGUUGAUCCACUCAUGUAUUGUAAAUCAUUCCAAAAAGACCUUGGGUUGCUGCCACCUAAAGCCAAGGAAGGAAUUUGUUAGACACCAACUACAUCUUGUGGGAAAGAACUUUGGCCUUCAUGGAGAUAAACUGAACUUUUUUUGGUUUUUGGUGUCCACUUGUUCUUCACUCCUCUCUACAACUAACAGUCUUCAAAAGUGAAGCGAAUGGGAAACGGGAUGCUUGUUGGAUGAAGUCACAUAGCCUUGUGUUCACCUCCACCCACCAGGGAAAGAAACAGCACAGAGCUGCCAAGAUUAUAAACAGUUUCGAAUACUUUUAGCUUUAAGAACUUUUCACCACUCCGAACCCACCUCUUCCAAUGAAUGUCAAAGGUGAGAAAAGGGCAAAUGAAUAAAUAGGGCAAGUGCUAUAUUUGGGUCCAGACUGGUUAGUUCAAAAAAGUGUAUUUGGUUUUAAGGUUGUGUAUCUGAUCCAGUGGCAGUUGAGGGAAACUCUGGUGCUGUCUUGUCCAGGACAGACAAAUUACUCACAGUUCUGUUUCCAGUAAAACAUUGGUUAACAAGACUGUGCUUCUAUAAGCAAAACAGUAUUGAGAAAAGGAUAGAGACAGAAAUGCAGUUUUAAAGAAACUCCAGUACUGUUGUACAACUGAAAAGCAAUUCUGUCUAAAGCAACUUUGUUUUUCAAAUAAAAUUGCCACUUUGCUGAGCAAGCCACAUUUGUGGCUUGGGAUUAUUUGCAGAAAGAUGUAAUGUAUCAACAAGGAGACUCGAAUGAUCAAAAUGGCCGUCCAAAUUCUACAGUAUCUCAUUGGUUGUUCUUGGCAUCUAAGAACAUAAACCUGAGAAGUGUCUAUUUUAAUGAUUGGAUAAGUGCAAGCUCGGUGAUCUUCUUACUAGGAAGCACUGUCUGCAGUGACCAGUUUUUGCCAAUGGGUUAUGCUGUUCUUUCUGUGUACAUACUCUACUGCACUUUCCUGUAAUGCAAGAAAAAGCUAUCCAUUUAUGUGUGUGUGUCUUCCCUGACUGGAAAUGUAGAAAUUUAUGAAUCUUGUUAUAGUGUAAAAAGUAGCCAUCAAAUGUUCUGACAUUAAAUGUAACUUGACUUCAAAA